AUGAAACGUGUUCUAGUUCUGGGGAGGGGGGUGUGGAGGCAGCAUCUUUCCUGCAGAUUAUUAAAAUCACACUGUCCAUCACUAACACACUUCCAGAGCUGUUCAUUGUAUGCAAUGUGGAAAGAGAGUAAAGUCAAUAAACAUUCUGAAUGUUGUAUCUUCAGCUUCAUGUGGGAGAAUACAGAAGAUUAUGACCUGCAAGCAGACAAGACAAAAAUACUGGCUCUUAGUAAAAGUAAUGAACUGUUUGUCUAUGAAUUCACUAUAGAAGAUGGAAAAUACAACCCAGUGCCCCUGCACAGUUGUAAGGAAGAGACACUUAAAAAGCUCCUUGAAGUUAAAAACAUUAGUCUGCCCUCCAUCUUCUCUGUGAGGAUACUGUCCUUUGGAAGCAGCAGAUGCACCCUGCUGCUCAAUAAGGCUGUCGUGGUGCAUCUCACCUUCCCUGGAAGGGACUCCCCCGUGGAGAUGUGUGGCUGCUGCCCCCUUGAUCUGCCCCCCCAGGCCCUGGGGGGACUCUCAGACACGCGCUUCUGCCGCGGGAUCCUGUUCCUUCUGGACAGUUCAGGCUGGAUCUAUGUGUUUGACUGUUCUGAUGGUGCAAACCUGGCAAAUGUCCGGGUGGCUCCGUGCCAGGGGGGGCACAGUCCAGCCACCAGGGCACCACUCACUGCCCUGAACGUGUCACAGGAUCUCAGCCAUGCUGUGGUCACCAGCUCCUCCAACCAGGCCCUCUCUGUGGAUCUCAACGCCUACUUCAGACAGUUCCCUGAGCAUUUGCUCUGUAAGAGAGACUCUGAAAAUCUCCCAGUGGAGCCUCCAGAAGGGCUGGAUGAGGAUGGCCUGGCCAGUUCUGAGCGCAGCAUGGAGCUGCUGGCACUGCCCUUCCGCGUGGACAGGUCCUGGAAGGCACACUUAGCCUCACUGCGUGAUACAGUCAGGAGAAGAAGACCAGGCUCUGCUGCAGAGUUGGUGAAUGACUUGCAUUUACCUUGGUAUCAGUUUUUUACCCAUCUUCAAGAUCAUGAUCCUGAAAUCUAUGAAAACUCUGAGAAGAUCUUGGCUUUUGUUCCACGGGCUGGGACCUGGGCCCCUCCCAGGCCAGCACAAUGCGAUGGGAAGGACCUCAGCAGUGCAGGGCAGCACUGGAAACCAAUCGCCCCAGAAACAGCACAAGAAGUGGUGAAGCUGGAGUGUAAACUGGUAACAAGAGCUAAAGCCCUGUUUGUGGUAGUGACAAGUGACAGGGCAUUGACUCUGGCUCUCUGGGAUCUGGAGUCUCAGGAUGUCACCUAUUACCCCUUUGGCAAAACCAGUGUUUAUGUGGAGUGCAGCGAGGAGGUGCCGUUGUGUCUGCUGCUGACAGAGCGUGGUCUCUCCUUAGUUCUGUUUGGUGUAACUCAAGAAGAGUUUUUGAACAGACUGAUGAUGUAUGGCAGUGCAGGAGUCGUGGAUUCCCUGUGUCACCUCAACGGAUGGGAAAGGUGUUCAAUCCCACUACAUGCACUAGAGGCAGGUUUGGAGAAUCGCCAGCUGGACACGGUGGACUUAUUUUUGAAAAGCAAAGAAAGCCUUUUCAGUCUGUCUGCACCUGAACAGGCCACUGAUGGCAUAUCCCAGUCUUACCUGAAAAAUCUGGAAGAGCUGAGGCCAGCUCUAAACCUGCUGUGCUCAGCGAUCAAAGAGAAUGAUAUGGAGCCUCAGAGCAAACACUUUUCUGAGCAGCUGCUGAACCUCACCUUGACUUUCCUCACCAAGCAACUUGAAGACAUUUUUGUGCACGCAGAGGAACCUGAUGAAUUCCUGAGGAAGGGGGCAGAUAUUUUAACUGAUUACAUCAUUAAACUUAGACAGUUCAUGAGAAGAUACCCUGGAACACAAGUGAGUGCAGCAGACACAGGAAGGGAUCUUGCUGAAGAGCUGCCUGCAUUAGAGGAAAGCCAAAUGUGGGAAAAGCUGACACCAGAGGAAGUCAUUGCUGAGGCCAUCUUGAGCAACAAGAUGCCAGAAGCCCAGAUCUUCUUCCGAAUGCAUCAGCAUCCUGCUGAAAGUCUUCAGGAAUUCAUUCAGACAGGUCUGCAGCUGGUCUACGACCGUCUGCUGCAGGACAACACCAGAGAGGCCUCAGAACUCUUAAGAAAUAUGGGCUUUGAUGUGAAGGAGGAAUUCCAUAGGAUCUGUUUCUACACAGCUGAUAAACGGGUUCGGGAGUUGCUGGUGAAAGUUUUACAAGAAGAAAACUAUUUUUCUGAAAAAGAGAAGAAAAUUGUAGAACUUGUGCAUCAGGUUGAAAGGUUUUACUCGGAAUCCUUCAAAGAAAAUGAAGAGAUUCAACCUCUUUCCAGGAACUGGAGAGAGGGAGAAGACUUCUCCAGACAUCAAGCUGUCCUAGGCUCCUUGCUGAGUCAUGGUCAAUGUCAGGCUCGCAGCAGGAGAGUCCGAGUGAUGCUUAACUGGGCUGAGUGGUGGGAUGAGCUUAUUCAGGAGAUGAUUCUCCUCCCCAGGAGGCCACGCCAAGAACUCAAGACCUGUAAUCCUGAGGUACUUUGGAUGCACUUGACAGCCCAGCAUGAUUGGCUCAGUAUUUCUUCAUGGAUUGAGGAAUCUGGGCCCAACCAGCCUUUGUGUGGAGGAGCUGACUGGCCCCCUCUUACUCCAGACAUUAUUGACCAGAAGAUGUUAUGCAGCAGCUACAUGAGGAAUGACAUAUUAAACAAGCUGGCGAGAAAUGGGAUUUUUGUCCCUUCUGAAGUGGAAGAUUUUGAACUUAUGCUCCAAAGACUGUCUUGUGUUGGGGGAGUACUGCAGGAUCCUCACCCUGUCCCCAGAUACAGUUCUGCAAGUGGCUUGGACUUCCACACUCGCUUUGUCCUUCACUGUCUGCAGCAUAAUUUGCAGUAUCUGUUGUACACUUACUUAGACUAUUACAGUUUAACACCUUCAAACUGUCCUGUUCUGGAUGACAAGGGACUGCAUGAAGCACACCCCUGGUUUGAGUUCCUGGUGCAGUGUCGAGGGGUUGCCGGUAGCCCCCAAGAUCCGAAGAUGAUUUUCCAGGCGAGCCUAGCAAAUGCUCAGAUCCUGAUCCCCAGUAACCAGGCCAGUGUGAGCAGCAUGCUGCUGGAGGGACACACACUGCUGGCACUUGCUACCACCAUGUAUGCCCCUGGAGGUGUUGACCAGGUUCUUCAGAAUGAAGAUGUAGAAAAACCUCUAAAGAAGGUUGAUCCGCAGCUGUUAAAAGUGGCAUUGACCCCUUACCCCAAACUCAGAGCUGCUCUCUUUCCCUCCUCUACUUCUCACGGGGUUCUGCCACCCGACAUCUCUCUUUACCAUCUUGUCCAGUCAUUAGUGCCCUUUGAUCCCACUAAAUUAUUUGGCUGGCAGUCAACAAAUACUCUGGCUCUAUCAGAUGCAUCAAGUGACUUCCCCCACUUCUCAUCCCCUGACCUGGUGAACAAAUACGCAGUCACGGAGCGGCUGGACUUCCUGUACUACCUGCACCACGGACGCCCCUCGUUUGCUUUUGGUACAUUCUUGGUCCAGCAGUUACUGAAGAGCAAAUCCCCCAAACAGCUGAUCCAGCAGGCAGGCAGGGAAGCCUACGUGUUGGCUCUGUCCUCCUUCGCAGCGCGCGCGGUGGGCGCAGCCUGUGUCUGCUUCCUGGAGCUGCUGGGUCUGGACAGCCUCAAACUCAGAGUAGAUAUCAAAGUUGCAAACAUCAUUUUCAGUUACAGAACCAGAAGGGAAGAAUCUCAGCACAAUCAAAUACGAGAAUCUUUGGUUGACAAAUUAACAAAAUUGGCUGAUGGUGAAAAAGCAGCAGCAGCAGAAAUUCUUACCUCUCUAGAAGAAGCCUUUUGGGAUGGAGUUGAGCAUCAAGGAAUAAAGAAGACAUCCAGUGACUGCAGAAGACAGUGGUCUUUGGUAAUGCAGUUCUGUAAACUUCAUAAUAUCAGACUGAGCACCUCUUACCUAAGGGAAUGUGCCAAAUCCAAUGACUGGCUGCAGUUCAUCAUCCAAACCCAGCUACACAGCUUCCAGCCAGAUGAGGUCAUGUCUAUCCUUCAGGAUUUCACUCCUGUUUUACAAGAUCACUUGAUGCUGGCGUUGGAGAAGUUGCCAUGUUUCUGUCCUGGUGCAGAGGGUCCUGCCAGCAGUGCUGCCAGCGUGGCCAGUAGCAGAUCCACAGGCAGUCUCUUUCAAAUCCUUCUGCAGUGUCAGGGGAACCCCAGCCCUUCAUCUUACCUGUUGACUGAAGGUCUGAGAGAGCAUGCACCCAUCCUGAGUGUUUUAGCAGCAUGUUUCCAAGAUGCAAACAUAAUUUGUUGUCUCUGUGUUUGGAUUAUUACUACUGUGGAUGAAGUUACCAGAGCUGAAGCAACAAACCAUAUUCAAAGCUCAGCAGAAAAUCACAAAUGGGAUCUUCAUGACCUGUCAGUUCUCUGGAAAGUCUUUUUAAGAAAGCAGAAGAGUAAAACACUUCUAAAUGGCUUCCAGCUUUUCUUAAAGGAUUCCCCUUUGCUGUAUAUACUGGAGAUGUAUGAACUCUGUAUGAACUGCAAAAAUUACAAUGAAGCUAAAACAAAACUGGACAAGUUUCAGGACAGUCUGACAAAACUUAAAAUGGAAGAUGAACCAGCAGCUUCAGAUGUUCCUGUGCCAUGGUUGGAAUCCCAGGCUUUGUUUGUCCUUGAGUUGAUGCUGCAGCAAUGUGGGACUGACUACGAAUUAGGAAAGCUCCUGCAGCUCUUUGCUGCAGCAGAGACUCUGCUACUGGAUGGCCCUUAUGUGAAGAAACUCUGUGCCCUGAGCGAGAGCCUGAAGGAUUCCUCCAUAGCAAUCAGCCGCUCCAUCCUAACCAGUCACAGUGUGGAGACAUUCCAGGGGGAGUGCAGAUCCAUCCUGGAGCAGCUGCAAGAGAAGGGAAUGUUCUCCCUGGCUCGGGAUGUGGCAGCACUAGCUGAACUGCCCGUGGACAACGUAGUUACCCAAGAGGUGCUGAGAGAUCUGCAUCGUUUGAGAGACAAUGGACAGUGGCACCAGAAGCAGACACGGGUUGAGUUCUGGAAGAAAUGCCAUGACAGCUUCGUGAAAAAUGCCAUCUCCAGCAAAGCUGCGUCUGAUUUUUUUUAUAACCAGGCAAACUCAGUGUUUGAGUCUCCAGCUCACGAGAAGAUAAACAGCAUUAUGGAGAGACAUCUGUUGCUCACCCUGGCUGGCCACUGGCUGGCCAAGAGUGCUGGGGUGUCACCACAGAGCUUGGAAGAGCUGGAGCAGCAGAUCUGGGGUUGCCGCAUCGCACGACAGACGCUCUCCACGGAUGAGGGGUCCGGCAGGUCCGGGUCUUUCUCUCAUGUUGCAGUCAACAGGGAUCUUACCUUUGAUAACCUAGCUAAGGAGUUUUCUUUUGCAAAGCUACCUGCUCUGAACACACCCAAGUACUUAAAACCAGAGGGUCUUGCAUUCAGAGAGUCCCAGCAGACCUUGACUCCUGAGGAGGAGGAAGCCCUCAAGUUCCUGAUUGGGUGCCUUCUGGAUGAAGGCAGCGUGCAUGAGGCCAGCCGUGUGUGCCAGUACUUCCAUGUCUACAGCAGAGAUGUCUCCCUGGUGUUGCACUGCAGAGCUCUGGCCUCGGGGGAGGCUGCUCCUGACAGGCUGCCCCCAGACAUCCAGGCCCUCCUUGCAGCAGGAGCGAAGGCGUCCGCAGGCGGCUCCGCUCAGCCCGGUGGGAUCCCGGGCACAUCAAGCUUAGAAGACUGGACACACCUCGUGGCUCCAUCUCUAGAUGAUCAGGUGGUCGCCAGUCUCAAGGCUCUCACAGAUGAGUGUGUCCAUGGAAGAAACUACUGCAGACAGGUUCUCUCUUUAUAUGAACUUUCUAAGGAACUGAACUGCUCCUACAGUGAGAUGUCAGCCCAGCACCCGGAGCGAGUCCUCCGGGCGAUCCUGACGUCCCAGCAGCCGGAGCGAUGCAGGAAGGCUCAGGCCUUCAUCAGCACACAGGGGCUGCAGCCUGGGGCUGUGGCAGAGCUGGUGGCUGAGGAGAUCCUGCAGGAGCUGCUGGCAUCUUCAGAAGGGAAAGGACAGAAACAUGUUUUGAACCCUGCAGCUGAGAGCCAGGUGUUCCUGCAGCUUGCUAAGCUGUGCCAGGAUCCUACACUGGUUGGGAUGAAGUUACUGGAUAAAAUUGCCUCUGUACCACGUGGGGAGCUGGCCUGCAUUACAGAACUGCUGAUCUUGGCCCAUAGUUGCUUUACUCUGACUUGCCACAUGGAAGGGAUCACGAGAGUCCUGCAGGCAGCACGGCUCCUCACGGAUCAACACUUGGCACCUAAUGAAGAGUAUGGGCUUGUGGUUCGUCUCCUCACUGGGAUUGGCAGAUACAAUGAGAUGACCUACAUCUUCGAGCUGCUGCACCAGAAACACUACUUUGAGGUGCUCAUGAGAAAGAAAUUAGACCCAAGCGGGACGCUGAAGACGGCCCUGCUGGACUAUACCCAGCGGUGCCGCCCCGGGGACAGCGAGAAGCACAACAUGAUCGCCCUCUGCUUCAGCAUGUGCAGGGAGAUCGGGGAGAACCACCAGGCUGCUGCCUGCACCCAGCUGAAACUCAUCGAGAGCCAGCCCUGGGAGGAGUCUCUUCAGGAUGUUGCAAAUUUGAAGAAGCUGCUGAUGAAAGCUCUGACUCUCUUCAUUGAUGCUGCAGAAAGUUACUCCAAGGACUCGUGCGUGCGGCAGUCCCUGCGCUGCCGGCGCCUGACGCGGCUGCUGACGCUGCAGCUGCACUUCCUGAGCACGGGGCAGCGCACGCGGCUCAUCAACCUGAGCCGCCAGAGCCUGAUGGGCUCCAUCCUGGCCUUGCCUCGCUUCUACCAGGCAACAAUUGUGGCUGAGGCUUAUGAGUUUGUUCCAGACUGGGCCGAAGUUCUGUACCAACAAGUGAUCACCAAGGGAGACUUCACUUACUUGGAAGAAUUCAAACAGCAACAACCACUGAAGCCCAGCAUGUUUGAGGAGAUUGCCAAGAAAGUUAAACAGCACCCACCUACUGAGGCUGCUCUGAAAAAUCUGAAGAAACUGCUGAGUUACUGUGAGGAUGUCUACACAUACUACAAGCUGGCUUAUGACAACAAGUUCUACGAUGUGGUGAACACCCUUCUUAAGGAUGCACAGACUGGCUGCUGCCUCAGUGAUCUGCUGUCAAACUAGAAACCCACCCCAUGAAGAGGAGACUGGCUCUGACCAGUACCAGUGCCACAGCUUCCUGCAGGGUUAGUAACCCAGGCUUUAACAGAGUUUUAGCACUUACCUGCUGCCAGGGAGAUGCUGCUGUGUCACAGUUACUCCAGGAAACUGAUGGUGGUUGUAAAUAUUUAAAACACUGAGACUGUGUUAACCUAAAAUUGUGUUUUGUAUAAUAAAUCCUACUGUUUACAAAACACUUGACUAACCAGCAACUGGAGCCUGGCUCAGCUGCUGGUGAACCACAGCAACCCAGCAGUCCUUCAGACCAGGACUGUGGAGGAUGUUUCACCACAGGAAUUGUAGCCAAACCCACGAAAGGCUGAAAGAGAACAUCCAGGACAGUGACAGUGGAAUAAGCUGGAGAAAGUUUCAGAUACAUGCCAGGAUAAUCCAUUCCUUGAUUCCAGUCCCAUUAGUCUGGUUUGGUUUUCUAGCUUAGUGAUAAGUAGUCUUGUACAGCUCUACCCAGCACAGACAAGCUGCUGCUGUCUUGGAGUAUCAGACAAGCUCACACACAAGUCUCUUCUCACCAGCUCCUGCACUCUGACUCCUCUCCAGGCUUGGGCAGCCCUGCGGGGCAGCAGGAGGUGCUGACACCCUGGCAGGAGCAGCCACCUCACUCUGGCAAGUUUACAAGCUCAGGUCUGAUGUACCUGGAGAGAGGGAUGAGGCCUGGACAUGGCUUCAGCCUGGAUUCUAAGUGCUCCCCAAGAUCUGAGCUUCCAGCUCCUCCAGAGCCCUUCCCUGCUGCCAGAGGAGGGUGGGAGGGCUGGAAGCUGCCUGGAGCACACAGCCAACAGCUAAGUGACAUUAAGCAAUACUACUGUCACACUGAACUAUCUCUAAACAUGAUCCUAGCACAACUACAAUUGCCAUAGCAACCCCUUCGGUUAAUUAGCACAGAGAUGCUGCUUUGGGUGUGUGGCUCAGGCUCCUUUUGGUUGCUGAACAGUUUGAUGUUGGCAGCUGCUGUGUAUGGCAAAUACUUACUUGCACAGAACAUACCUGUGCCUUGCAAGGGCAGAGCCAGAUGUGCCCAGGUCAACACACACACACACAAGGUACCAACCCUGGCUCCUAUGAUAAACAGUUUCUACAGGAAGGACUAUCCCUGAGCAGAACCAGCUUUAACACUCCAGUUCUAGUCACACUCAUAAGCCCAAAUCAGUCCGAGCUGCCUGGGUCAAGUCAAAGUGAAACAAUGGCCAACAAGCUGCUGCCUUCAACCUUGAGGUUCCUGGCAUGGCAGGAGAACCUGGAGCUAUCCCAAGAACUAGCAUCCCUGAUACAUUUGGGACCACUGGGACUGAGAAGGAGCUGGAAGAACACCUGCCUUGUGGCAGCACAACCUCCUAUGCCAUCCCUACUGGGAACAAACACCUGAGUAAACGCAGGGCUGCCUGUGGCAAGGGCAGCUGAACAGGCAACUGCUCCCCCUGAUAAGGCCCUAAAAUAUUCCUAAGGUUAGUACGAGCCACCAAGCUCAGCAGCUCCAGCAAAAGAAAAGGUUUUUGUCAUGAAAACACCUGGAUUAUGGCAUCCUAGAAGUAAUGUGUCACCAUCAGCACCUGGAAGAGCCUUAUCCUAAGGAACAGCCAUUCUACAGGGCACACUCCUGCCCCUCUACCACCAGAGCAGAGACCACCCCAGCACACACUGCUCUGCAGCUCAUUCCACUGUAAGACACUAAAAGAACUGGGCCCAGGACAGCUGUAGUGAAGUCCUCAAUAGUGAUUUUUAUUAAAUUAGUUGCUUUAUAAAACAUUGCAGAUGUCAUAAUUGUUAACAUAACAAUUUGCCCAACUGUAGUAACUGCUGUAGUCUGCAAAGCAAGUUUGUUUUCUUGUGUUUGUUUUGUUUUUUAAAUGAAAGAAAAUGGCUGAGUGGUGAAAGAUCAACCACAACCCAUGAGAGACCAAAAGGAAGUCUUGUUUGUUGGUUUUUUUUUACACUUAAACCAGGCAAUUAACUGUUAAAGAAUACCCAACCAUACAGCUGCAUUAGUAGAAAUUUUGGUGAAUGGAAACUAAACUUCAUACUCCAGACACAUCAUUUUUUUUUUUUCCCCCAACUAAGCAACCCUUCCCUGGCCCUGCCUACCUCAGGUGCUGUUGCUCUGGCAGGGCUGUCUCACAUGGUGCAGUCCCAGGUGCAGCACCCCAGGCUGAGGGUGGCAGGUCCCUUCACAAUACACUGAAAAACCUCAAGCUCUAACUUAAGACAAAGCAAAUGUAACAAUAAGUGCACACCAGGCCCCUGCUGCAAACUGCCUCUGUUCAGCACACACUCCAGGAGGUACAGUUAAGGCCAAGUUACUGAACUGUGCUGGUCAUAAUACUUUUUGGUGUUGAAAUUCAUUUCCAAUUUAGUGGCUGUUGCUGCAAAUCAAACAGCAACAGUUUCCACUGUCAGAAUUUUGGGUUGUUUAACUGCAAUUUACAUAGCUUUAAAAUGUCUUCAUUCCAGUCCCCAAGCCCAGGCCAGGAGCCUGGUGCUUUAGCACAGACCUGUCAAGAGUUCAACCACCAGCACAGAGAUACUGCAAUUCUGAUUGUAGCAUUUGGCAGAAUUUAAAGGAAGAAAAGUUGUGCUACAUGUUUAAGGGAUUAUGGGCAACAGAAAGACAACAGAAGGGGAGAUAAAUGUCACAUGAAGUCUUCAAAGUCUUGUACAUACUCUCCAUCGUAUCCUCCAUAAUCAGCCAGGUCAUCUUUCAUCGUAGCCUUUAAACCACCUCCAGGCACAACACCUUUUUUCUUCUUUUUGGCUUUAUUCUGCUUAAAUAGGAAGAGCAGGUUUACUUUAAACCCCACAGCAAUCUGCCACACAGACACUCAGACCUGGGCAGGUUGGUGGCCUCCAGGCCACGGGCAUCAGCCCUUUUAACCCUGAGACAGCAUAAAACAGGGUGAGCACGUGGGACACGUGAAUGAACCGAGGGUUUGCCUGAGAUCUCUGGACUCAACUCCUGGUCACCUCACACACGGAAGAGGAUUUAUAACUCUAACCCAGUCUCUGAGGUUAUAACUUAAUCUCCUGCCACUACCUACAGCAAAACCAGCAGUUCCAGUCUGGGUGAGACCCAUUCCCAUUGUCCAGCUCAGCCCCUCCAGCAGGCACAGCCACUGCUCCACAAGCACGCAGGAGUCUCUUACCUUUUCUUGUUUUUGUUUUUCACUGCAUAGUACUGUCAAAGUAUUUGUGAUCUUUUUCAAAUCAUCAAUUUCCACUGCAUCAGGGAAAGAAGAGAAAAAAUAUUUACCAUCAGUAUUAUUCUUAGAAGACAGUUAAAUAAUCCAACAUCAACAUUCUCUAAAAAUUAAAGCCUGAGUAGUAAUACAGGUAACUACUUGAUUUAAAUCAGCAAAAGACAGACUGGGUCAUUCUUGUCCUUCUAAUCAGUUACCAUUUCAGGUCACCCCUGAUAAGCAGCUGCAGUGUUGUAGAGGGUAAAAUUUGCAAAUUUAAGAGUCAGAGAACACAGAAGCCUCAGUGAGCAGUGAGGAGGCAUCUGAACAGUAAAAUAUGGAUACAGCAAAAUAUAGUAAAAGGUAUCAAAAGGAGCAGUGGAUUAACAAUAAAUUAUUAACAAUAAAAGGUCCCUGAGUUUGAGUCCUUAACUCAAAAAGAUCUGGAAUCCAUUUGCAAUGUAAGUUCCCAGCUCCUGCAGCCACUGUAUUUAUACAGCACUAAACCCUAUCAAGUUUCCACCCCACUGAAGGACAACAUGUCGACAGGACAGAAGAUCUCAGGCAGUGGAUGCACCACGGGCUGCAGCCGACCAGAGCAGUGGGGAAAAAUCAGCCUAAGUUAGUUUUAUCUGUGUAGUUACAUGUUGAAUUCCAGAACUGUUUCUUUUGUGAUCUCCAAAUGAAAUGAACUCAAUUUUAUAACAGUUUCCUUCCAAAUGAGCUACUUAAUUUAUCUGGCUCAGAGAAUUUUUAAAUUAUUAUUAUUAUUACUAACAUGGAUUCAAGGAAAACUUUCAAGAUCAGAUUGGCAUAAAAAGUCACACUUUAAAAGUGACUGUCUUGAACUGAGAUGCCAGGAGAGUAACUCUUGUUCAAGCACAGGAUCUGUAACCAAGCUGAUAGGAAUGGACUCUGAUACUAGCAAGUGCAGCAGGUGGGAGCCUCUUUUGAUAGUAGGAGCCCCACAGAUCAGUCUCAAUUUCACCUUCACUACACCAGCACGUUUUCAACCUCAGCUCAAGUGGUUCUGGCAGCAGGAGCUCUAGGGCAGCUUCCACUGGACUUACAUGAGAUGCAGACGUCCCGGACCAGGGCUUCCAAGAAGCCGGCGUAAUGCAGCGACUUCUCGUACUGGGUGAUCUUCUCUUUGAGCAGUUUGCCAAAUUCCGUGAAGUCGUCUUUGGAAGAGGGAUUCAUGGCAUCUAUUCCACAAGUGUUAUUUACACCUGCAUGGACAGAGGUAUUGCAGACGUUAGCUGUGGUCCCCAAAAGGUGACACCGGAGGCAACAAGUGACCCCGUUCACGUUCGGCUCUUCACCUCUACAGAACCAAAGCUUCACACUCCAGAGCCGAGGUUUGCCCGCCCACCUCCCCCUGGUGUCUGCUGAAAGUUACUGAGCUGUGUGGAAAGGGAUUCUGCUGCAAAGCCCAGGAAUUUGAACCAGCUAUUCCCGUUCUCUGGAGCACCAUGCACUACAUGGAGCCCCUUUCCCCUUAAAUAAAAAAUUCCUGUCUUGA